AUGUCACAAAAAAUCGGAAGACUAUGGCAUCAUGUUGAUGUUGCAAAAGACAACAGAUCAUUAGGUCGUUUAGCAUCACAAAUCGCAAUUACUUUAAUGGGUAAACAUAAACCUAUUUAUGAUCCUUCUUAUGAUGUUGGUGAUUAUGUCGUUGUUACAAAUUGUAAAGAUUUGAAAAUCACAGGUAAUAAAUUAAAAGAUAAAUUAUAUUGGAGACAUAGUGGUAAAAUUGGUCAAUUAAAAUUAACUCCAAUGGAUAAAGUGAUACAUGAUAAAGGUUAUGGUGAAGUUUUAAGAAAAGCUGUUAGUGGUAUGUUACCAAAGACUAAACUACGUAAGGCAAGAUUAGAAAGAUUAAAAGUGUUUGAUGGUUCUGAACACCCUUAUAAACAAAAUAUUUUCGCUGUUCAUGAUCAACAACCUGAAGCUAGAAAGAAAUUAUUAGAAUUAGAACAAGAUUGA